UCACAAACCUGCAUCAUCACAUGCCACUUUAAUUAUUAAUCAUACACAUGUUCAAUUAACACACACACACACACACUUCUCAUCCAUCUUUCUUUCUUCGUUCCUUAGCUUCUUCUCUAUAGCAAGCAACAAUUAGUCAAAAUGACUGAGGCCAAAGCAGUUGAAGCUGCAACGAACAACAACACUAACCACCUUGCGGAUUUCGAUCCUCACAAGAAGAAGCCUAAAAGGAACAAGUAUGCUUCUGCUUGUGCCAUUUUGGCUUCCAUGACUUCAAUCUUACUUGGCUAUGAUAUUGGUGUGAUGAGUGGAGCAGCAAUCUACAUAAAAAGGGACCUUAAAGUUUCUGACGUCCAAAUUGAAAUUUUGUUGGGAAUUAUCAAUUUAUAUUCCUUGAUAGGGUCAUGUUUGGCCGGAAGAACCUCCGACUGGAUCGGACGCCGGUACACGAUAGUGCUCGCCGGCGCAAUCUUCUUCGCCGGAGCGAUUUUGAUGGGAUUCUCUCCCAACUACUCGUUCCUCAUGUUCGGGCGAUUCGUUGCCGGCAUUGGCAUCGGAUACGCCCUCAUGAUUGCUCCCGUUUACACCGCCGAAGUCUCCCCUGCUUCCUCCCGUGGAUUCCUCACCUCCUUCCCUGAGGUGUUCAUCAAUGGAGGAAUAUUACUAGGAUACAUAUCAAACUACGCAUUCUCAAAAAUGAAACUUCAACUCGGUUGGAGAAUGAUGCUCGGAAUCGGAGCUGUUCCUUCAGUGAUCCUAGCAGUAGGAGUGUUAGCUAUGCCAGAAUCACCAAGGUGGCUCGUAAUGAGGGGCCGCCUUGGCGAUGCAAGAAAAGUGCUAAACAAAACCUCCGACACAAAAGAAGAAGCUCAAGAACGCCUCUCAGACAUUAAAAAAGCCGCCGGAAUUCCAGAACACUGCAAUGACGACGUCGUUCAGGUUGCAAAGCAGAACACCGGCGAGGGUGUAUGGAAGGAGCUUCUCCUCUACCCUACACCCGCAGUUCGCCACAUCCUAAUCGCUGCACUCGGCAUACACUUCUUCCAACAAGCGUCCGGCAUAGACGCCGUCGUUUUGUAUAGCCCUAGAAUAUUCGAGAAGGCUGGGAUCACCAGCGACACCGAUAAGCUUCUUGCAACCGUGGCCGUUGGAUUUGUUAAGACUCUUUUCAUCUUGGUUGCCACGUUUAUGUUGGAUCGUGUGGGUAGGCGUCCACUGUUACUAUCCAGUGUUGGUGGUAUGAUACUCUCUGUUCUCACGCUCGGUAUUAGCCUUACGAUUAUUACUCACUCCGAUAAGAAGCUUAUGUGGGCCGUUGGAUUGAGUAUUGCAACGGUUUUGUCCUACGUGGCCACGUUUUCGAUCGGUGCGGGUCCCAUCACGUGGGUUUAUAGCUCUGAGAUUUUUCCGUUGAGGUUGAGGGCGCAGGGCGCGGCUAUGGGUGUUGUGGUGAAUAGAGUCACUAGUGGGGUUAUUUCAAUGACCUUUUUGUCCCUGUCCAAGGCAAUUUCUAUUGGUGGUGCAUUCUUCCUUUUCGGUGGAAUUGCCACUGUUGGGUGGAUAUUCUUCUAUACCAUGCUACCUGAAACAAGAGGUAAGACUCUUGAGGACAUGGAAGGGUCUUUUGGUCAAUUCAGGGCUAACCCUGCUGGUACCAAGGGAGUUGACAAUGGUAAUAAGGGCCAAGUCCAGCUAGGAACAACAACCAAUAAUGUCCAAUCUUAGAGGGGAAAAAAUGUGAAUUAUUAAAGGGUUUAUAUAUAAAUUAUGUUUAUGUUCUUUAGGGUAGGAGUGACCUUUCAUCAAAUGUGCAACGAGCAAGUGUGUGUGUAUGUAAUGUAAUCAAAAAGAAAAUUUAAAAAAUGGUGUUUUUUAAUUA